AUUCGUCCAUUUCACCGAAGCAACGAGUAAUAAUUUACAGCAAAACAAUGGACGUCCUGAAUCGACCGGCAGAGGAAUUCGUAAAUGACGGUAUGGUCGAGGAGCUGUGGGCCAUGAAGGCAGUCGACCACGCCGAAGUUCAUUUUAACCUGCUGUGCAGUGUUGAUCCGAGACAGCUUCGCCUAACCCCUUACGAUGAUGAAAUCUACGAAGAAUUCAGACGCCAGUUUCCCACAAUGAACGUGGCCUCGAUCAACGAAAACGAAUUAAAAAGCUCCGAGGAAAAGGAGCGGUGGCGUGCUUACAUGGAAAAGUUCAACCGACUCGAGGACUACAGCUAUGGGACUUUGAUGCGGGCAAAGGCAACGGAAGAAUUUCGACCGGAUAAUGCAAUUUUGGUGGUGAGGAUACAGUUUUGGGCUAUUGAAAUAGCCAGAAAUCGAGAGGGUCUCAACGAUGGUAUCAGAAAAAAGUUUCGCAGCCGAAGCAAGGAAGAAUAAAGCGAAGGUGAACUUUUAAUUUUGUGUGU